GAGUCGCUCUCGCAGCUCCAAACUAGAAAACCCUUCCUUCCACUAUAAAACCUUCGCUUCUUUUCACGCUCUCAAACACCAUCAUCUACAACGCCUCGAAUCCACACAGUUCUACUCUACGCUCUAAACCCUCUCUCUCUCUCUCUCUCGAUCUAUCAUGGCUUUGCCCAAUCAGCAAACCGUGGAUUACCCUAGUUUCAAACUCGUCAUCGUCGGUGACGGCGGUACAGGAAAGACAACGUUCGUGAAAAGGCAUCUUACCGGUGAAUUCGAGAAAAAAUACGAACCGACCAUUGGAGUGGAGGUUCACCCAUUGGAUUUCUUCACAAACUGCGGAAAGAUUCGCUUCUACUGUUGGGAUACUGCUGGACAAGAGAAGUUUGGUGGCCUCAGAGAUGGAUAUUAUAUCCAUGGGCAAUGUGCGAUUAUAAUGUUUGAUGUUACUGCCCGUCUAACAUACAAAAAUGUCCCUACCUGGCACCGGGAUCUUUGCCGGGUCUGUGAAAACAUCCCAAUUGUUCUUUGUGGUAACAAGGUUGAUGUCAAGAACAGGCAAGUGAAGGCAAAGCAGGUUACCUUCCACAGGAAGAAGAAUUUGCAGUAUUAUGAGAUUUCAGCGAAGAGCAACUACAAUUUCGAGAAGCCUUUCCUCUAUUUGGCCAGGAAACUUGCAGGUGAUCCUAACUUGCACUUUGUGGAAUCUCCUGCAUUGGCUCCACCAGAAGUUCAAAUUGAUUUAGCUGCACAGCAACAACACGAAGCUGAGCUUCUUGCAGCUGCUAGUCAGCCCCUUCCUGACGAUGAUGAUGAAUCUUUUGAGUAAAAUUGUGCUUUUUCUGAGUCGUGUUACUGCGUAUGCUAUGAUAUGUAUUUUGGGGGGGUGUAUUGUUGACAUUUUUUGGAUGCGGAUUUGAGUAUCAGAAAUUUAAUCAUUUUGCUUUAAUUAAAAAUCUCUCCCAAUAGUUUGACAUAUCCUUGUGGCCAAGGGCUGUAGUGCGUGUGUUUGUGUGAUUUGGCUCUCUUGAACAGAGAGACACGGGGGAAAGAGCAAACAAGGCUGUUUGUGCCAAGUGCUAUUUUGCUUCUCGAGUUUGUCCCUCCAACAAGAAAUGAUAUUGGCUUAUUUCCUCCUAUUUAAAACGACUAGUUUGGUGAAGUCAAUUUAAUAUUCAGUGAACAAUGUCGAAAACAUUACGUACAUAUUCGUAUACAUUCCAUUGGCGUGAAUGGUUUAUGUA